AUGGAUUUAAACAGUAUCCUGUCGCAGCUCGAAACUGACAAUGAAGAGGACAUUGAAAGGCUUUUGCACCAGUACAACGGAGAGGUGGGAUUCUCCUCGCUUUGACGUCUACUAAAACAAAGUCAUUAGCUAGCUAGCUUAGCUCGCUAGCUAGCCAUCUAAAAAUGUUUACAGAAUCAUAGCUGCUAAAAUGAGUACUGAAACGAUAUGUUUAGCUAUAACUUGCAUUUCUCCUCUUUGCAUGGAAUCAACGAGUUUAAAGCCCAUUGCUGUGUUGCAGGAAGUGAUUAGCAUAUUUUCAUCAUGGCUUGGUUGCUAGCUAGUUAGCUAACGUUAGGUAGUGUUGUGGCCAAAUAUUGCAGGGUAUCUCUUGCUAACCAUGUAUGCAUGCAAUGACAGCAUGCUUAACGUUAUUUGGUAGCUAAUUAACGUUACAGUUUAAUACAUUUAGUGUAUCUAGCUCCCAUUUAGUAACAGCUGUUGCAGCUCUUCCUGCUGUAACUUGAGCUAGCUAGAUAGGUAGCCAACGCGUUUAGUUACUGUCACUGAUACACAGAGCAGAGGAGGCUGAUGGAAGGAGCUACAGGAGGAUGGGCUCAUUGUAAUGGCUGGAAUGGAAUAAAUGGAACGGUAUCAAACAAAUGGAAACCAUGUUUGACUCCAUUCUAUUCCAGCCAUUACAACGAGCCCGUCCUCCUAUAGCUCCUCCCACCAGCCUCCUCUGACCCGGAGUGUCUGGUAGGAAUUAAUUUGCAUUACAAUCGUAUAGGUAAUGCACUCGUAGUUCUGAUCAGUCUGCACAUCUCUAGUUAUCAAUGACCAGCAGCCUCUUCUGCCCAUCUGUUACUGUAUCUUAGAAACAAAUUAAUUCCAGAUAACAUUACUGAGAAUAUGCUACUUUCUUCAUGCACUGUUGCACAGAUGGAGGUGACAAAGCACAUUUAGCAAAGGAAUAUGCAUUUGACUUUUGUCUCAUUGGGCAUUGUGUUUUGUAUUUUCAGAAUAAUCUCACAUUCAACUUUGAUCCAAAAGAGGAGGAUCUACGAAGUGUAAGUAAACGCUCUUUGCCUUGUCUGAUGCUUCACUUUCACUUAUAGCCUAGAUAAUGCUUCUGCUCCCUUGUGUGUUUGAUGGUGAACCAACUGUCUCUCUCUCCCUGUGCAGAUGCUGUGUCAGGGCCUGCUGACUGUGCUGGGUAGGCAGGUUGGUCCCCGCUGCCAGAGCACCUGCCUGGAGACCCUCCGCAUUCUGUCCCGGGACAAGCAGGUCCUGGGCCCUGUGGGCACCCGGGAGGGCAUGCUGGUCCUGGCCGGGCUUGCUCGGUUGCCGGGGGGAGAAGGGUGUGACAGCCUACAGGAGGAGGUCCAGACAGAGGAGAAUGAGAGGGUGGUGGUGGAGGCCCUCAAGUGCCUGUGUAACGUGGUGUUCAACAGCGCAGCGGCGCAGCAGGUGGGCGCCGACGUGCAGCUGGCACGGGGUCUGUGUGCCCGCCUGCACGCCGCCCGUGCUGGGCGCCACGAGGUGGGCCUGUUCUCCCUGCGCCUGCUCUUCCUGCUCUCAGCACUGCGGCCAGACGUCCGGGGGGGCCUCAGGAGGGAGCUGCGUGCCGUGGGGCUCCUCACAGAGGUGCUGGAGUGUACCCUGGAUGUACGCUGGGUGGGCCCCUACGAGGCGGCCCCUCCGGACCCCCAGGCCCUGCCCAUCCCUGCUGAAGACAAUGAGAGGGCCAUGGAGGCCCUGAAAGCCCUGUUCAACCUCACGCUGUCUGACACUAGCGACGAGGUAAGUUUACAAGGUUACACCUACUGUCUGUUAAACAUUGUUUUUCAACUUUGGAGUUGUUUCCUUUUUAAAGAGGAUAUGUACACUGUGUUUGUAAUGUACACUCACCGGCCAGUUUCGUUCACGAAAAUGGAUCGCUCCUACAGACAGUGAGUCACGUGGCCGUGGCUUGCUACAUAAAGCAGGCAGACAGGCAUCGAGGCAUUCAGUUAUUGUUCGAUUGAACAUUAGAAUGGGCCAAACAAGUGACCUAAGCGACUUUGAGCGCAGUAUGAUCGUCGGUCCAGGUGCGGCGGAUCCAAUAUCUCAGAAACGGCCGCCCUCCUGGGCUUUUCACGCACGACAGUGUCUAGGGUUUACAGAGAAUCGUGCGACAAACAAAAAACAUCCAGUCAGCAGCAGUCCUGUGGGCGAAAACAGCUUGUUGAUGAGAGGUCGAAGGAGAAUGGCACGAAUCGUGCAAGCUAACAAACCACAAACAGACCAAUAACGGUGCAGUACAGUAGUGUGCAGAACGGCAUCUUGGAACGCACAACUCGUCGAUCCUUGUCACGGAUGGGCUAUUGCAGCAGAUGACCACACCGGGUUCCACUCCUAUCAGCUAAAAACAAGAAGAAGCGGCUCCAGUGGGCACGCGGUCACCAACACUGGACAAUUGAGGAGUGGAAAAACAUUGCCUGGUCCGACGAAUGCCGGUUCCUGUUGCGUCAUGCUGAUGGGAGAGUCAGGAUUUGGUACAGGCUGUGGCAGUGUUGUACUGAUGUUGGAAUGUUUUCCUGGCACACGUUAGGUCCCUUGAUACCAGUUGAGCAACGAACGUUUCCGACACCUUGUAGAAUCCAUGCCUCAAAGAAUUCUGGCUGUUCUGGAGGCAAAGGGGGGUCCGAGCCGGUACUAGAUGACCUAAUAAACUGUGUGUGUGUGUGUGUGCAUUCAGAGCUCACAGAAGGCUAGACACUGCAGCCAUGAGCACAGUGCAUGUGUUUAGAGAUACUGCAUGAACAUAAAUCCCUGGCUGUGGAUGGACACAUCUCCUUUACAUCUCCCCUGUGAAUAUUUAGACCAUGCUUUGGUUGAAGGCUACUAUUUAACGAUAGUGUAUCAACAAGACUUGGCUUUGUUGAGUGACUGAUGCUAGCUCAUGCGGACGGACAGCUUCUCUAUCCCUUAAUGGAAAGCCCUAACUAAACCUGUACAGCAAUAAGAGGUUUAUCAGCUAUCUGACCUCGCUUAAGCCCCUUUGGCACCUUCACAACUUUCUCGAUUAGCCAUGGGGGGCUACUGAAAUUAUCUUAUGUCGCUCAGCCCCUUCAGCAUUUGCUCAACCUAUAUCAUCACAGCAUGAAGAAGAGGGACACAUCCCCCUGCUAAAUCAAAUAUAUAAAUCUGUUGGAUCCGGUAAUGAAUGUCUAUCAGUGAUAAUAUGACAUGCCAAACGUGUCUUUGAUAUUUAUACAUUUGAGAAUAGUUCUAAUUCAGGCUGGUUAGGAGAGCUGUCUGCUUUAACUGCUAGCUCGUAUUGUGCUUCAAAAUGUUAUUGGUCCAAAUACGUUUUUUCGCCAUGCUUGCCCCUCACCGUUGUAGCUGACAUCAUGUUGAGUCCCUCUCAUCCCAGCGUUAAUCAGAAUAGCCCUGUGUUCACCUCAUAAGUCAAUCCCACAUGCUCAUUUGCAUGGCAUGGAAAGCCUGUGAGUCAGCUCUUAGGUCUGACCUCAAUCUCCAUAGUAACAGUCUCUCUUUCUCUCUUUUUAUUUAUUUUUGAGAUGACUGCUUCCCCUUCCCGCUUCUCCCAAAGCAAAUUGUAUCCUGCUUAUCCCUACUUGCUUAGACCUUCCCCUCCUUUUGUUUUAACCAAUGAAAUGUUUCCUUGAGGAUCAUGCUGUUGUACAUCCUUAAUUUGAUAGGAUGGUGACCACCAGCUCCGCCUCAUCACUGCCAUCAUGCGCCAUCUAUUGAUGCUAAAGACUCAGACAGAGGACAAAACAGAGGAAGCACACAGGUUGGAAACCCUUCUGCUCAUUCCUCUCCACACAACAGGGCUAAACUACAUCCUUAAAGUAUCAAAAGAUAUUAAAGUUAGGGGAGUUAGUGUCCUUGCCUGUUUUUAAGACUCUGAUCAAUGACACUGUUUGUGAUAGCUGCAGUUGUUUUUAAUACUCAAAUGUAUCUGUGACACUGUCUUUUGUGUGAAUUUUUUUGUAAUAUUUGAUGUAUAUACGCUGCUAUUUCCCUGUUUUACCUUCUUGCCAGGUCGCCCUCGCAAAAUAGGUUUUUAACCUCAAUGGGUCUUACCUGGUUAAAAUAAAGUACACGUUCAUCAGAUGGUUUGUGCAAAUUAGGCUAAUUAAUCACCAUCCAAUGAUUACUCUCUGUAGUCAACAGUGACAGCAUCCAGCUCAUGAGAAAGUAUCAACUUUAAACCAAGAAGUACACUGAGUGUACAAAACAUUAAGAACACCUUCCUAAUAUUGAGUUCCACCCCCCCUCCUUUUGCCCUCUGAACAGACUUAAUUUGCCGGGGCAUGGAUUCCACAGGGAUGCUGGCCCAUGUUGACUCCAAUUCUUCCCACAGUUGUGUCAAGUUGGCUGGAUGUCCUUUGGGUAGCAGACCAUUCUUGAUACACCCUGGAAACUGUUGAGCGUGAAAAACCCAGCAGCGUUGCAGUUCUUGACACAAACCGGUGUGCCUGGCACCUACUACCAUACCCUGUUUGGCACUUAAAUAUUUUGUCUUGCCCAUUCUCCCUCUGAAUGGCACACAUACAUAAUCCAUGUCUCAAUUGUCUCAAGACUUUAAAAUCAUUCUUUAACCUGUCUCCUCCCCUUCAUCUACACUGAUUGAAGUGGAUUUAACAAAUAACAUCAAUAAGGGAUCAUAGCUUUCACCUGGAUUCACCUGGUCAGUCUGUCAUGGAAAGAGCAGGUGUUUUUAAUGUUUUGUAAACUCAGUGUAUAUGGCAUUGUCUUAUCUGGACAUCUCAUUGAUGGGAAUUAAUGACAAAGCUUUCUUUAGAAGGAUAUGCGAGAAUGUUAAGAAUGUUUGGCUAGAUAGUUGCGCUGAAGGAGUGUCAUGUAAAAGUGAUUGAUACACCCCGUGGCCCUAUGGAUUCUGUUGUUGUGUCCCUCUGGUCACGGGGGUUUAGCCCAUUGUCCAGACUCCAGAGUAGACCUUUAGUACUAGUCUGUUUAUACUGAUGAAUUAGGUAACCAUUCCUUAAUGACCAUUCAUAAUAACCAGUAAGUUAACCACUUUCCUUCCUUCCUCCUUCUCCUUUCUUCCUCCUCCUCCAGCCAUGCAAUCAACUUGCUUAGUAACCUGCCUGUGUCUUGUCUGGAUGUGCUGAUUGACGUGCCCGUCCAGGGGGGCCAGGAGGAGUACAGCGGGAAGAACAUGGACGUUGUGCAGGUGCUACUGGACUUCAUGGAGAAGAGGAUAGACAAGGUAAGAAAGGUGGACCAGAGACAUUGUUGCCUAAUUUGAGAACGACUAUAUUGCAGUCCGACUGCACAGAAUCACAGAUAUACAAACUACCUUGCAUCCCAAAUAACUACCUAUUAUGUGAUCAAGAUUAGCAAUUCUGUACCUUGCCGUUUUCGGCGCCUUUGCUCAAACUGAUCCCCUCAAAAUCACUGAGCACUCAAAUCAUCCAUCUCGGUGGCUGCCACCACAAACCAUCUUUAAAGACUUUUGCAUUUCCUCUUGACCCUGAUGUUAAACAAGACAAUGUUUCAAGCCAAAGUAGAAUUAACCCCAAUGACAAUCCCCCAGUGGCGCCUUACCCACCAUUUCAAGAACUGCUCUAUCUAACGAGGUCAUUCAGAAAUUCAUAUUGCUCCCUGUUUUAAGUAGAAAUGUCAGUCUCUACUGAACAAGCAAAUGAAAAGAUGUGGAAAUCCUGGCCAUCCUAUUAGUAGCUGUCCACACACCAUAGAAAUAGAAUUGCUAAAACUUCCUGAAUAAUUUUGUAUUUCUAUUAACCACACAACAACUGCUACAGUGCCUCUGUGGGCAUUCCUGUCGUCACAUGCCUCAUGUGUGUCUCAUUCCAAGCAGGGCGCCAACUACAAAGAGGGGCUGACCCCAGUUCUCAGCCUGCUGACAGAGGGCUCCAGGUACCACAGGGAGAUCCGCCGAUACAUCAAGACACAGGUACUGGAGCGGGAGUGGCCAUGGCCUUGGACAAACACACUUUCUGUGCAUUUUGUAAUCUGUCCUGAUCCUGACACAUAAAAAGUGAUGCCAAAUUAAAGAUCUUUAAAAUCUCUUCUUGAGUGUGAGAUGAAAUGCAUAUUGAUAACAUAUCUUGGUGACAUCUCAUUGAUAUAUUGUUAAAACAUGUCUUCUAACUAAAUCCAGCUGUGAUGCAUCAUGCGCUGGCCUGAUCACUCCGUUCAGAGGUCUAGUGUACUACCGUGUUAGUUUUCAUUGUGGCUCUGCCACCGUUGGCUGUGUGUGUUUCCAGGUGCUGCCCCCUCUGAAAGAGGUCAAGGUCCGGCCGGAGAUCGGGUCCACCGUCAGGAACAAGCUGGUGCGCCUCAUGACCCACGUGGACAUGGGUGUGAAGCAGAGCGCAGCAGAGUUCCUAUUCGUCCUCUGCAAAGAGAACGGUGAGAACGAGAAAGAGAGGCAGAUGGAGCACGCUGUAUGAGUUGGCAAAGUUGAUUUUCACUUAGAAAUGUGUUAAUGCCAUUGCACCUCAGAUGCAACCCUGAUGUAUAAAUCCUACAUACAGUAGUGUUGUACUGAUCCCACCCCCCCCUCUAUUCUUCCAGUGGACAACCUGUUGAAAUACACAGGGUAUGGUAACGCAGCAGGACUCCUGGUGGCUCGAGGCCUGCUGGCAGGGGGGCGAGGAGAGACACAUUAUUCAGACGACGAAGACUCCGACACUGAAGAGUACAAAUCGGCUAAACCUUUGUGAGUAGACAGGAGCUUUAAAUAUAGGACCAUAGACAUGCAUGCCUUGCUUUGAAUUGCUAAAUGUAUGGAUGAAAUGUUGGGCUGGCCUUAGGGUGUGUCAUUGAAGUGACCAGUAUAUUGAUUUACUUUGAACUACAACAGAAUCCAUAGGGCCAAGGGGUGUAUCAUCAAUCACUUUUACAUGCCACACUUGAGGUAAAACAUUCAGGACAGCUUAGCAUUGGGUCAGAAUCACCUAAGUCUUCCCUCUGUCUUAUCUGUUCUGUUGUCUGUCUGUCUCAGCAUCAACCCCAUCACGGGCCAUGUGGAGGAGCCCAUGCCUAACCCCAUAGAGGAGAUGACUGAGGAGCAGAAAGAGUACGAGGCCCAGGAACUAGUCAACAUGUUCGACAAGUUGUCAAGGUAAGCCAACCACCGUACAACCUCAUCAUGUAUGAAUGCAACAACAACAGUGUUUGCCAUAGUAACUCUUUGUAACCCUCUAUGCCAGAUGAUUAACCUUUCUGGAUUAUACAGCUGUGUAUCCUGUUUGAAUGAUCCCCUAUGGCUUAUUAUUUAUCCCCCUAAACCUGAACGUCUGCGAUCUUCAUUCACACUGACCUUUCCUUAGCGAGAGAACCUAGCGCUAGUCAGAGAAUGAUGUGGAUGCGAGACUGAGCGACACUGAGCGCGCUCCCUGCCAACCAGUUCAUUAGAGGAAGAAUCUCCUGCCGUUAGCCCCGGUGCGCAAUUAGGCCCCGGCCUUAACGCCUCGUCCGUCCCUGCAUUCAGCUGGAGUCAAUGGAAGCCGUCGGCACGUUGCUGCAGCAUCAUUACCAGCACGCCAUUCAUUAGCGUCCUAAUUAGACCACACAGUGGGGUCGGCAGCCAUCAGCUCCUUUCUACUCCUUUAUGUGGUGCUUUAUGUCAGGGUGUUUAAUAACAUAUACGUGUCUACUUCCCUUUAUUCAGCUUUCUCCUCAUUCAGCCCAGGAGCCAAACACUGUCUGCUAACUGACGGGAGUGAGACUGAGACAUAUGUACAAUUAGAGAGAGGCAUGGGGGUGGAGGGCUGAAUACAUUUACAAGCACAAGAAAAGCUGACAUUGUCAUUGUUUAACCACAGAGUGGGGGUUGAGUCAUAAUGAAACGCGUGUGCCUGUCUACAAGAGGCAGAUUCCUUUCCUCUGAAGCCAGAUCCAUCCUCCUUCUCCUGUAUCCCUCCAGCUCUCUAUUCUCCUGUGUGUCGGUCGGUGUCAAGGGAGAGGUUCAUGACACAGGCUGCAUCCCAAAUGGCACCCUAUUCCCUAUAUAGUGCAGUACUUUUGACUAGAGCUAGGACUAUAUAGGGAUUCGGGUGCCAUUUGGGAUGCAUCCAGAGUCGUCAACCGCUGCCCUACCUACCCAACAUGCCACGAUGGGCUCUCAGGAGAUGGCUCAGGGUCCUGUAAGAAUGUGCUUUCCCUCGCUGCUUAACUGCUCCUUCAAUUAGCACAUGCUCUGAGUCUGACCCCCUACACACACACACACUCCCUCAUCGUUACAUCUGCUGGCCUGUGUCCUCAGUGCAGAGUGGGGAACAGGACGGGCUGCACCAUGGGUCCUGAUUUACUGGACUGUACGCACUACCCUCUGUAGUGCCUUGCGGUCGGAUGCCAAGCAGUUGCCAUAUCAAGCGGUAAUGGUGAUGCAGCCAGUCAAGAUGCUCAAUGUUGCAGCUGUAUAACUUUUUGUGGCUUUGUCGUGGCUUCUUCACGACUUUGUUGGUGUAUAUGAACCAUGAUAAUUCCUUAAUGAUGUGGACACCGAGGAACUUGAUGCUCUCGACCCGCACCACUACAGCCCUGUCGAUGUGGAUGGGGGCGUGCUCGGUCCUCCAUUUCUUGUAGUCCACAAUCAGCUCCUUUGUCUUGAUGACGUUGAGGGAGAGGUUGUUGUCUUGGCACCACACUGCCAGGUCACUGACCUCCUCCCUAUAGGCUGUCUCAUUGUUGUCGGUGAUCAGGCCAACGACCAUCGUUUCAUCAGCUAACUUAAUUAUGGUGUUGGAGUUGUGUGGGCCACGCAGUCGUGGGUGAACUGGGAGUACUGGAGGGGACUAAGCACACACCCCUGAGGGGCUCCCGUGUUGAGGGUCAACGUGGCAAAUGUGUUGUUGCCUACCCUCACCAUCUGAGGGCGGCCCUUCAGGAAGUCCUGCAUCCAGUUGCAGAGGGAGGUGUUCAGUCCCAGAGUACUGAGCUUAGUGAUGAGCUUGGAGGGCACUAUGGUGUUGAAAGCUGAUCUAUAGUCAAUGAUUAGCAUUCUCAUGUAGGUGUUACUCUUAACCAGUUGGGGAGAGGGCAGUGUGUGCAAUCACAGUUGCGCCAUCUGUGGAUCUGUUGGGGCGGCAUGCGAAUUGGAGUGAGUCUGGGAUGAUGGUGUUGAUGUGAGCCAUGACCAGUCUUUCAAAGCAUUUCAUGGCUACAGGGACUAUGGUGGUCUGCUUGAAACAUGUAGGUAUUACAGACUGGGUCAGGCAGAGGUUGAAUAUGUCAGUGAAGACACUUGCCAGCUGGUCAGCGCAUGUUCUGAAUACGUGUCCUGGUAAUCUGUCUGUAAACCCCGCGGCCUCGGCUACGGAGAGCGAGAUCAGUCGUCAGAAACAGCUGGUGCUCUCAUGCAUGGUUCUGUGUUGCUUGCCUCGAAGCGAGCAUAGAAGGAAUUUAGCUCAUCUGGUAGGCUCGCGUCACUGGGCAGCUCGCGGCUAGGUUUCCCUUUGUAAUCUGUGAUAGUUUGCAACCCCUGGCACAUCUGACGAGCAUCCGAGCUGACGUAGUAGUAUUCAAUCUUAUUCCUGUAUUGAUGUUUUGACUGUUUGGUGGCUCGUCGGAGGUCGUAGCGUAAUUUCUUAUAAGAAUCCUGAUUAGUUUCCCAAUCCUUGAAAGCGGCAGUCUAGCCUUUAGCUCAUGUAAUCCAUGGCUUCUGGUUGGGAUAUGUACGUACGCUCACUGUGGGGAGGACGUCGUCGAUGCACUUAUUGAUGAAGCCGGUGACUGAGGUGGUAUACUCCUCAAUGUUAUUGGAUGAAUCCUGGAACAUAUUCCAGUCUGUACUAGCAAAACAGUCCUGUAGUUUAGCAUCCGCUUCAUCGGACCACUUCCGUAUUGGUACUUUCUGUUCGAGUUUUUAUUUAAUAUUUGUAUAAUUUUUUUUUUUUUUUAAUGUGGGGGUAGAUCAGCUUUAAUACUGCAGAUAGAUUGUGACUUCCAUCAAUGUAAUUGUCUGCAUCACUUCCAAUCCCCCAUAUGUUUUUUUUUGCAUAUAUAUAUAUAUAUAUACACACACAUGUAAACUUCUGACCCACUGGAAUUGUGAUACAGUGAAAUAAUCUGUCUGUAAACAAUUGUUGGAAAAAUUACUAGUGUCAUGCACAAAGUAGAUGUCCUAACCGACUUGCCAAAACUAUAGUUUGUUACAAGAAAUGUGUUGAGUGGUUGAAAAACGAGUUUUAAUGACUCCAACCUAAGUGUAUGUAAACUUCCGACUUCAACUGUACAUACAUAUACAUGUGUAUAUACAGUGAGGGAAAAAAGUAUUUGAUCCCCUGCUGAUUUUGUACAUUUGCCCACUGACAAAGAAAUGAUCAGUCUAUAAUUUUAAUGGUAGGUUUAUUUGAACAGUGAGAGACAGAAUAACAACACAAAAAUCCAGAAAAACGUAUGUCAAAAAUGUUAUAAAUUGAUUUGCAUUUUAAUGAGGGAAAUAAGUAUUUGACCCCCUCUCAAUCAGAAAGAUUUCUGGCUCCCAGGUGUCUUUUAUACAGGUAACGAGCUGAGAUUAGGAGCACACUCUUAAAGGGAGUGCUCCUAAUCUCAGCUUGUUACCUGUAUAAAAGACACCUGUCCACAGAAGCAAUCAAUCAAUCAGAUUCCAAACUCUCCACCAUGGCCAAGACCAAAGAGCUCUCCAAAGAUGUCAGGGACAACAUUGUAGACCUACACAUGGUGCGACUAUUUGCAAAUGGAAGAAACACAAAAUAACUGUCAAUCUCCCUCGGCCUGGGGCUCCAUGCAAGAUCUCACCUCGUGGAGUUGCAAUGAUCAUGAGAACGGUGAGGAAUCAGCCCAGAACUACACGGGAGGAUCUUGUCAAUGAUCUCAAGGCAGCUGGGACCAUAGUCACCAAGAAAACAAUUGGUAACACACUACGCUGUGAAGGACUGAAAUCCUGCAGCGCCCGCAAGGUCCCCCUGCUCAAGAAAGCACAUAUACAGGGCCGUCUGAAGUUUGCCAAUGAACAUCUGAAUGAUUCAGAGGAGAACUGGGUGAAAGUGUUGUGGUCAGAUGAGACCAAAAUGGAGCUCUUUGGCAUCAACUCAACUCGCGUGUUUGGAGGAGGAAUGCUGCCUAUGACCCCAAGAACACCAUCCCCACCGUCAAACAUGGAGGUGGAAACAUUAUGCUUUGGGGGGUGUUUUUCUGCUAAGGGGACAGGACAACUUCACUGCAUCAAAGGGACGAUGGACGGGGCCAUGUACCGUCAAAUCUUGGGUGAGAACCUCCUUCCCUCAGCCAGGGCAUUGAAAAUGGGUUGUGGAUGGGUAUUCCAGCAUGACAAUAACCCAAAACACACGGCCAAGGCAACAAAGGAGUGGCUCAAGAAGAAGCACAUUAAGGUCCUGGAGUGGCCUAGCCAGUCUCCAGACCUUAAUCCCAUAGAAAAUCUGUGGAGGGAGCUGAAGGUUUGAGUUGCCAAACGUCAGGCUCGAAACCUUAAUGACUUGGAGAAGAUCUGCAAAGAGGAGUGGGACAAAAUCGCUCCUGAGAUGUGUGCAAACCUGGUGGCCAACUACAAGAAACAUCUAACCUCUGUGAUUGCCAACAAGGGUUUUGCCACGAAGUACUAAGUCAUGUUUUGCAGAGGGGUCAAAUACUUAUUUCCCUCAUUAAAAUGCACAUCAAUUUAUAACAUUUUUGACAUGCGUUUUUCUGGAUGUUUUUGUUGUUAUUCUGUCUCUCACUGUUCAAAUAAACUUACCAUUGAAAUUAUAGACUGAUUAUUUCUUUGUCAGUGGGCAAACGUACAAAAUCAGCAGUGGAUCAAAUACUUUUUUCCCCUCACUGUAAAUACAUACAUAUCCUUAAAAAAAUUAAAUAAUCCUUUAUUACUUUCCAACCCCACCACCCCUCCCUUAAUUGGAGUAACUAGUGAACAACAACGCUUAGGCCUCUACUUCUAGCUUAUACAUACAUUUUAUGGACACAGUCAAUUUGACAAUAAUUAUAUUUUGUUUGUUUUUACUCCUGAACUUCCUCAACCGCUCUGAUCAUUUUCAUGAUGUCCAUCCGGUUUGCUUCUACAUGCCAUAUCCCCCAAACUGUGCUCUUUCACAAAAGUUCUCAACCUAUAUACUUAUUAAACUCUGUUUGAGUUUUUGCUUGUAAGCAGGAAUCGGGAGGAUAGAGUUAUGGACAGAUUUGCCAAAUGGAGGCCGAGGGAGUGCUUUGUAUGUAUUUCUGUGUUUAAAGUAAAGGUGAUGUAGAGUUUUUUUUCCGCCUCUAGUUGCACAGGUGACAUGCUGGUAAAAAUGAGGUAAAACAGAUUUCAUUUUCCUUGCAUUAAAAUCACCUCCGCCUCUGGAUGUUUUUCUUGUUUGCUUAUGGCCCUAUACAGCUAGUGGUGGUAAAUAGACGGCUACAAAAAAUAUAGAUGAAAACUCUCUUAGUAAAUAGUAUGGUCUGCCGUUUAUGAGGUAUUCUAACUCCGGCGAGUAAAACCUUGAGACUUCAUUCAGAUUAGAGAUUGCGCACCAGCUGUUGUUAACAAAGAGACACACACACACCUCCCCCCUUAACCGUACCCGAACCUGCCGUUUGGUCUCGACGAUGCAUCGAAAAACCAGCUAGAUUUAUAUUAUCCAUGUCCUUGUUCAGGCAUGACUCCAAGAAACAUAGUAUAUUACAGUUCUUCAGGUCCCGUUGAUUGGAUAGUCUCAAACAGCUCUUGUCCAGUUUGUUCUCUAUUGAUUGUACGUUCGCCAAUAUAAUUCUGUCUGAAACAGUCUGUUGAGAGAUGCUGAAGUGUUCUUAGGAGCCGUUUGGUUGUGUGUUACUGUUUUCAGUGCGUCUGUGUUUUUCUGAAGUAGGCUAAACCUCAAAGACUGAAAGGACAUUAGAUCAAAUUUCUUUGGUGCUGUAUUCAUACCACACAAACAAAAUAUUAUUUGGCUCACCUCCCACUCUUACCAAGACUUCUUUAUCAUAGUCCUCCUCAGAUUUACUCUGUUUUUGGGGGGAGGAAUGAGGAAUGACAUGUUCAUUUGUGUUUGAAUAGUGUAAAUGAAUGCAAAUGGGGCCUUGGUUUUAAGACUUAUAUUGGCUAAUUCUGUGACUGAUAUCACAUCUGAGAGGGAGCUGGUGGCACACAGUGCAGAUAUAAUUGGAUUAGGAUAGAGGGCCUGGUGUGGCUUUGAGGAGAUUAAAUGGAGCACUGAUCCUGUAAUUAAACUGAUCUGCAGAAGAGGGGGGGAAAGGGAGAUGAACAACAAGUGUGAGAGAGAGAGAGUGUGUGAGUGUGUGUGCGCGCACAUGUGUUUGAGUGAAUAAAGGAGGGAAGGUUCGUCAUCCAGGGUUCUUGAGUGCCGGAUGUAAGAGAAAAGAAAGUGGUUCCACCACCACUCAACAACGGGCCUCUUUAGAAGGUGCAGAAUACUUGACACAAAGGGUGUUCGGGUUCAAAGCAGCACAGGUGGAUUUUGGCAGCAACAGAUUGGUCCACCAAAUUAAACAAGUGGGCGUUGGACACUCCAUUGUGUCAUGUCUGUUUUCUUGGUGCCUAGAGAAUACGACCCAGUUGUAAUGUUUGUGUUUCUCUGCUCCACAGGCAGCAGCUGAUUAGGCCCAUGGGGGUGAGGAGGGAUGGCACACUGGCGCCCCUAGAGGAGGCUCUGAGACAGCCCACGACUGACAGCUGCAGCUCAGACUCAGACUAGAGCCACUACCACCCCAGACCCC